AGAGGUGCCGAUCACAAAAGCCAGCAACUGCUUCAUGCUGUCUCAAAGCAGCAAUAUUUAGUAUAUUGCUAGUGUACUAGUGGAUGAUAGUGGCGAGUUGCGUACCACAGCAUACUUAGAACUGGAACUAGCUGCACAAGCACAAAGUUGAUGAGCUGGCCAGCGCUUGAGAUUUGAAUUGCUCGGACAUGACAUACCACUUCUGUCCUCGUCCGCCGCCUGAUCAGAGGGGUCAGCAGGGCAGUCCGAAUCGGUGCAUCAGAACAUUUAUUUGCUUGUGCAUUGUUUGAUUGUUUGCUUGUGCAUUUGUCAAACUUGCGGGCCUCAACGUUUCUUAAGCGGUCGAACAUGGCGCGCUCAAACAGUCUGCUCAGCCUCGCUGCAGCCAGUGUAGCGCUGCUUUGCCUCACAACUGGACCAUUGAGCUUUCUUGUGCCCCAGUUUUGCAAACAGGCACAGACAACACUUUUGUCACCGGCUUCAGCUUCGACACAGGGGUUCUACGCAAACGCCACAUUGCAGAAUACACUACCACUACAGCCGCACUGGGCAAUUGCUUCUGCACUUUUAGCAGCUUUGGCGACAAGGAAGCUCAACAAAGUGGGCAGAGCAGCCCAGGCCAAGAAGCAAAAGCCCCUCCGUGACCAAGUUGCCCCGGAGAAUGCCGAUGCAGUGCGCGAGGAUCGAAAGAAAGGCUCAAAGAAUGUGAAGGGAGGUUCAAAGAUGCAGAGGUUUUUCAGCGUACGGAACCGCAAGUUCUGGGACUUCACUGUGUGGCCUCGAACAUACUUCAAACGUGUAUGGGAGAAGAAGGACUGGAUGUAUGCUGUAAUUUUUGGCAUCAUUCAUGCUGGUGCAUUCAUGGCACCUUGGUACUUUUCAUGGGAUGCCUUUGCAGUCUUCUUUUGUGGAUAUGUCAUUACUGGUCUUGGCAUCACGUUAUCCUACCACCGUCAGCUCGCCCAUCUUUCCUUCAAGACCCCGAAAGUGGUGGAAUAUAUUCUGGCUUACUGUGGAGCCCUUGCAAUGCAGAGCCAUCCAAUCAAUUGGGUGUCUUCUCACCGACAUCACCAUGGAGCAACCGACACGGCCAAUGACGUCCAUUCUCCCAAAGAUGGAUUUUGGUGGUCACAUGCUGGAUGGCUUCUGGACCAGAAGGGCACCUGGAUGCGAGUGGACCGAAGCAAUGUCGAUGACUUGUCGAAGCAGUGGUACUACAGAUUUUUGCAGAAAACAUAUCCAUUGCACGCAAUUGUCCUUCCCAUUGUUGGUCUUUAUUGCUGGGGAGGCCUGCCAUAUGUCCUUUGGGGAUUCUUUGCGCGAGUUGUGUGGACAUGGCAUGUCACAUGGGCAGUGAACUCUGUCAGCCAUGUUUGGGGUUUCCAGGAUUGGAACACUGGCGACAUUUCGAUGAACAACUGGCUGAUUGGAAUCCUUGCCUUUGGUGAGGGCUGGCACAACAAUCACCAUGCUUUUGAGACAUCGUGUCGGCAUGGGCUGAAAUGGUGGCAAGUCGAUGUGACUUGGUACAUCAUCAAGCUUUUGGAAACCGUCGGCAUUGCAUCAGAUCUGAAGUAUCCGACUCAAGCCAAGAUGAAGAAGCUGAGCUGGGACAGUGACGAAGCUGCUAGUGCUGCCAUCGCUUGAAGAAAGCGAUGAAAGGCCAAGCAUCCACCCAUCCGCGACAUUUGCAGCGCGAGUGAAUCUGGUGGGGAGGGAUGUGCUUUGUGAGCUCUGCUUGUGUGCCUUGUCACACACCGAAGCUCCACCAGGGAGCCCCUUCCAUCAAUUUUCCUUCUCCCUUUGUAGGGCAAAUUAGUAAAAACUGCGAUGCACUUUGGAGGGAUGGUACGGACGCAGUAUGUCAAGCGACUCUUGCAAAUCCGUGGAACGCCUGUCGACGUUGCCAACCCUGAGCUG